UUGCAGCUUCAAGUGGAUCGCACCUACAGCCUCGUGGUUCCUAAUAAUCGAAGGAAAGAGGAAAGAAGCAGUUGGUGGUUCGUUGAUCUCCAAAUUGUUGCGUCUUAUUUCUCCGGUUUUUUUUCAAUCGAGGAUACGCACAAUGAAUACGCAGACUUCCUCUACGAAGUUGAAGGAGUUACGCUUGCCAAUUUCAAGGGUAAAAACGAUCAUGAAGAGUUCUCCUUACGUCGACACAGUCGGGCAAGACGGGUUGUUCUUGGUUACGAAAGCUACGGAGCUCUUCAUACAUUACUUGACAGAGGAGGCACAUCUGCAGAGCAACAAGGGGCCUUCUUUGGAUUACAAACAUCUAGCGGAAGAGGUGCAGACCAACGACGCGUUGGAGUUUCUCCGAGAGAUAAUGCCCAGGAAGAUCACCGUUAGACAGUUCAAAGAAAUGAUGGCAGCCAAGAACGAGUCCCGCAGUAACUCCUCCGAGAGCAGUUCGGACUCGGACAGCGACAGUGACUCGGACUCAGAUUCCUGCUCGGACAGUGACGACACGAAAGGGGGGAAUGAAAACUCCUCGGGCAGCGAACAGGAAAGUGAGACUAAGGAAAACGGUAAUUCGGUCAGUGACAAAAGUGAAAGCAGUGUUAAGAGUGACAGUGAAGAUGACGGUAAGAGAUGAGUAUCUGGCGGAGAUUAUCUAAUGACGAUUAUCGAAUCGAUCUGCGAUAUUCCCUGAGUGAAAAGUUAUCUUUACAGAUGUAAAGUAUUUAUUAACAUUGGGAGUCACAAUAUAUCGUCACCUCAUAGGUCUCUAUCGGUGUAUUGAUAAUAACACAGGAUCAAAAUUACAUUUAGCGAUCACUUCGGACCACAAGAGUUCAGCCUUUUCAGGCUGGGAAGUUUUUGAGAAGAGAAACUUUGUGAAAAAGGCGAAUUAUUAUUUUUACAAAUGUACAAGCGACCAAUAUACAUCAGUUAUAUAUUCA